AUGGCAGAGAGCGACCAGUUGGAGCAUCCCGGCUUGGAUAGAGCAGCAGGGGAAGAAUUCCUACAGGAAGCCUUCCAAAUCCUGCUGGAUGAAGGCGUACGGAAAGGGACGGAUGUGACCGAAAAGGUCUGUGACUGGAAGGAGCCGCGGGAGCUGCGGGAGCUGCUGGACCUGGAGCUGCGGGGAGGCGGGGGGGAGCGGCUGCUGGGGCGCUGCCGCGACGUCAUCCGCUACAGCGUCAAAACCGGUCACCCUCGCUUCUUCAACCAGCUCUUCUCCGGCCUGGACCACCACGCGCUGGCCGGACGCUGGAUCACCGAGGCCCUCAACACCAGCCAGUACGUGCCCGAAAAUGGGGGGUUGGCCCUAAGCGGGGCUGCUUUUGGGGGUGCCAAACCUUUCUUUGUCUCCGCCACCUGCGGCACCACCGUCCUGGGUGCCUUCGACCCGCUGGGCAGCAUCGCCGACGUCUGCCGGCGCCACGGCCUCUGGUUCCACGUGGAUGCGGCCUGGGGCGGCAGCGCCCCGCUCUCCGGCAAACACCGGACGGGCGGACGGAGGAGGAGACGCGAGCGGCGACGAGACGGCCGGACAUCCCGCUUCCUCCCCGCAUCCCGCCGGAGCGGAGGAACCCUCGGCGUUCCCUUUUUCCUCGGCGAUCUCUUCCUCCGCGUCGGGAAGCCGGUAAAGGCGGACGAGGUCGGGGCGGCCGAUCUGGCGGAGGAGGCGGGCGGUGAGGCGCAGGGCUCGGCCGGGGAAGCGCUGGAGCAGGAGGCUGCAGAGCUCGGGGCGCGUGGCGGGGCGCAGCUGGGCCAGGGGCAGGCGCCCCUCCAGCCGGGAGAUU